AUGGUUUCCAAAACCACGCGAGCUGCUGCUGCUGCAGCAAGAAGAGCGGCUGCACGCAUGCGUGCGGCCGCGGAAAGUGCCUCUCACGCCUCAGCAGCAGGCGAUUCGUCGCCUGUUGUCGUGAAUCCUCCACGUGGUGAGUCACCACGUGCGACAGGUACAUCCAAGGAGACUCCUCACGCCUCGGGAUCACUUGGGGCGGACGCUGCAAAAGCCAGGCUGACUGGCUCUGGUCAACGUGGCGGUAUCAUACCCGAGAUCUUUGGAUCGAGUGAUUACUCUGAUAAGUCUCCGCCUCACGCAAGUCCAUCCAGCGAUAGGACGCGUGGUGAUGAUGGUGAUGCACCUAUGCAUCACCACGAGCGAAGCAACUCGAGGGAUCGGGGUAACACUGGAGCCAGUGCUCAUGCUGGCACCAAUCAAGAGGCCAGGGACCGAAAUGUCCUGCGCUACGCUCAUCAAGUGGAGUCUCCAUGGAUGCUGCCAUCCAGAGAGUUGGACCGGUUGACCGGCACGACUACCGAACGGGAUCGAAUCCCGUUGUUCGAUUGCAGGAAGAUUUUCCCUCCUGAUUCCAGCACGGAAACUAUCCGUGCUGAGGAAGAGUUCUUCACCGUUGCUUUCUUCAAAGCCUUGGUGCAGGGAUGGAAUGUCCUCAUCCCCAACACCUGGCGCAUUGGCCGUGAGGCCUGA